UAUAGCAAGAUUGAUUUUUGUUGCGAUUCCUAAAACCAGCUGUUCGCUGCAACGAUCAAAGACUGCAUUGCGCCUGCCUGAACUUAAUGCACUAGGAAAGCUACCUAUCUUCCACCGAGCCCCGGAUAAAAUUUAGGCCAGUUUGCGUUGUGCUAUCAUCAUGUCGGUCGCCGAUGUUGAUGAAAGAGUUUUUGAAGAGUUACAGGCACUUGAGGCAAUAUUUUCUCCAGAUAUUAUAAUCAAAUGGGAGGAUGGUGUUCCAAAGGGUAUAGAAAUGAAUGUACUGCCUUCGACAUGUGAUAAAAGUGAUGAGCAGUAUGUCCGUUUGACUUUAGAGAUUUAUCUAUCUCCUGACUAUCCUGAGAGUAGCCCCAAGGUCAUCAUGAGAAAUCCUAGAGGCCUGGAUGAUAGGAUCCUUUCAUGCAUUCAAACUGAUAUAGAAGACAAGUUAAUUGACAAUAUAGGACAUCUUAUUGUAUAUGAAUUGAUAGAGAUGGUACGGGAAUGCCUAACUCAAUGCAAUCUACCACGAGGUCAAUGUGCAAUUUGUCUGCAUGGAUUUGUCAAAGGAGAUAUAUUUAUAAAGACUCCUUGUUUCCACUAUUUUCAUAGUCAAUGUUUGUCUAAGCAUUGUAUUGCUGGCAAGAAGUACUAUGAUGAGGAGUUUGAGAAAUUACCAAUGUGGCAACGGAUGGAAGCAAAGCCUCAUCAGCAAACUUGUCCAGUAUGUCGGUCCACUCUCCAAUUCAAUGUGGAUGAUCUGAAGAAAGCUCCACCGCCGGUUGAAUCCAUUGAUGCUCAGCCUUUCCAUCUUACUGAUGAAAUUAAGGCAAUGCAAGAACGUAUGGCGGCGCUUAUGGCUCACCAGAUAGCUCGUGGGGGAGUCAUUGGCGUAGGCGAUUCCGAACCACCACCGCUCAUCAUCACUGAUCCCGCUGACCAGGAGGAGCCAAAAUCAUCGACUAGUGGUACCCAAAACCCGAGACCUGAAACAUCAAGCAGUGUCCGUGGUAAUUCCGCUUCCGGUGCACCUGCUUCGCCCACACGCCCACCCUAUCGCGGACCUUACAGGGGUUUUAAUCGUCGCGGUAAGCCAGGUAGGCGUGGUCGCGGCGGUUCGCGGUGACCCGCAUCGCCAACAGAACAGCCAGCUAUACCCUAGCGACCUCUCCCUCACAUGCGCUCCAUCCCACUCGCACACCCACAUCUACCCUCAAUAUUAAAUUGCAACUACUCUCCGUUACGUAACGUUUUAAACAUUCUGCAUCAAUUCAAACUAAUCUUACAGGUUGUCGAGGUUAAAUGCAGCUUUAAAGGUGUUUUAAGGAAAUUAAUGCUCAAUUCGAUGACUUUUGAAGUCGAGUCGAAAAUCGAUUAUAAUGUGCUAAUAAUAAGUUCCUAUACAGGGUCCCUUAUGUUAACCGACUCGGUCGGGUUAUACAGACUGACGAUUUACCUUAUAUAACGUUUUCUACAUAAUAUACAUGCAUGAGCUUUUGUGCGAACUAAGCUUUAUGUUGUUUGCUGUUUUAGGUCCGUAUUCUAGAACGUUAAUCAAACAUGAGGAGAAUUAAGACGAGAUUGUGAUGAUAUUCGAAUUAGAAUGUGGGCCUUAGAAUUAUUAGUUUAUCCUUGCUCUCGACAAUAUUGCCUUUCUUCUUUCGACUUGUUUAAAAAACUUAAUUGUUUUUUGUUAUUUUAAUAAAUAUUGAUAUAAAUUUUUGUUUUGGUAACAUCGGUCCUUAGAACUUAUCCCAUCUGAAAUUAAAUGAAACAGUAUACUGUCUUGUAAUUUUAUUAUGUUCUGUAAUUUUGUUGGAGAGCAAUCUUUAUAUUUAUAAAUUAUAUUUCACUAAAGGUACUUUCCACCCAAUCCCAAAGCGCAAAAUGUGUCGGUUAAUCUGAUAAAUCGACAAUUACAAAUAUAAUCGGUUUUUGAUUCUACGCAGAAUGUUUGAAUCGUCAAAAUCAUUUCAGAUUUGAUCAAAUUUUUAAGGGCAGAUGUGGUUCUACCCUCAAUACUAAUGUAGAAAGACCCGCAGUAUAAAAAUGUAUUUAAAAAAAAUCAGUGAAAAAACUGCGUGGUCUGACAUUUAAAGAUGACUCUAAAAUAGAUUCCAACAGCUAAAAUUAUAUAAUUGAGAAAUGUGUUUAAAAAAUCUAUACCUGUCUCUUUCAUUUAACAUAUGUAAAAGCGAGACAACAAUACUUUUCUCGUCAAUUUUGGAACUAUUUAAAAGUCAUCUCCGAGCUUAUGUCACGAUGGGGCGGCACAAAUAAUAUAUGUACUCGUAGUGUAAGGUACAUUUCUGUGACGAAUCCUAGUCAAAUAGAUUACAAUAUAAUGUAAUGUAAGAUUUUUUAAGAGGCGGAUGCAUAACUAUUGGAAAACUAGUUAUCAAGAGUUUUCUUACAUGUAGCAAGAUUUACAUGUAAAAGGUGAAAAUGACUUAAUAAUAUUAGAAGUCAUAGUAGAGUUACAAUAAAGGCAGGUUUUUACUGGUUCCCGUGUCGGAAUAUAAAGUGCAUAUAAGGAAGCGUCACCACCGUGGGUCGUUUCAAGUUAUACAUAUUCUGAAGCGUUGCAAUUCUCUGGUCACACAACAUGUUCUAUGUAAGUAUGAAAAAGCAUCUGUGAGUCUAUAGAACUGUUUACGUGGCUGUCAAUUUGACGCAAUUGGUAAACUGUCAAAAUCCUGCAAAUCGUGACAUGUCAUUUCAAAUGCUACACAAAGUAAGAACGAAAUGCGUCCGUCCUUCAUUUGUGGAUACCUGAUCGAAUGAUAUAGAUGGGGUUUUGAUUGAUUUAAAAUGUUGCCUGUCAUAUUUUCAACUGAAAUAUAUUUCUUAACCUUGUUUGAAUAUAGUUCGCUCGCUUAGUAAAUUAAUAACUGCGUAAUUUAUUGAAUUUGUAUAUUGUAACACGCAAUGUUUCUUUGGAAAAAUACUUUAUAUAUAUAUGGUCUAUGGACUUAGUUUACAUUGAAUAAACCUAACAAUUGUUAUAAGUGUGUGUACAAUAUUUUUUUUAUAUUUAUUACUUAUGAUUUUAAUUAUAUUUGUGAUGUACUAAAACUUUUAUCCAUAACAAACAUAAACCAAUAUUUGAGAUAGCAUUUCGUGUUUAUGUAAAUAUAGAUUUUUAAAUUUGUACUUAUUUAAAUGUAGAAUAAGGCAAAAUGAUUUUGCUAGUUUGAACCACAGACAAAAAUCCUGCCGAUUAGAUUACUAAUGUCACGGAUCAGGAUAAUGAGAACAUUUUCGUUGUAUCUUAAUAUUUUAUUUAUAUCUAGUUUCUGACAUUCCGUUUGAAUAUAGUGUCUAGUUAAAAAUAGUAAUAUUUUAAACUAAUAUUUUGUUGAUGAUGCACAAAACGCUUUUGUUGACAUUAUUUUUAUUAUAUUUCAUGCUGGAAAUAAUUUGGCUUCUUUAUUUUGGAAUAAUACGCGGGAAACUGAAGUAUUUGGGAAGGAAAGGUACUUAGGUGUUAUAUUUAUUAUAAUUAUUGUCUAUGCUAUAGCUAAAAGAUGGACCAUUUGAUUGCUGUACAUCUGAUGUUGAAAAAAAAUAGAAUAAAAUUUCAGUCACACAGCUUUUGACUUUGACAGGAGAACGAGGUCUGUCGUUUAAUAAGAUGGCGUCCGCGGGUUUUUAAAAACGUCAGGUUGACAGCGGUCACAAUGGCUCUCUAUUUAUUAGUAUAAUCGAAAUGAUCUAACUCGUUGAACAUGUGACUUUUAGGAUUAUUUUUAUUGACACUGAUAUUUUUUUAAAGUGGCGGUAAAAAUACAAAUUAGAAUAUAAAACAAUCAUAAUUUAAUCUCUUGAUUUUCUCAAAUUUCGGAUUCAAGUUUCUUUGACAUAGUUUCUUGCCAAGCAGUCUUGAUAGAUCCAUACUAUUUUCGCUCUUUUAUAAUUAUAGCCUGAAAUCGUUAUUUCGUAAAUUUAAAACCUGUUUCAUGUUAAUUCCUGAAAAAUGUCGUUACUAUCAGCUGCAUAUGUUUUUAUGUCACUUGACUUAACUAAAUGAAUACUAGUAUAUUUUGGGCAGUGCUGGCCUAGUGGUUUCAGCAAGCGACUCUCACUACGAGGUCGUAGGUAUGAUCCCCGGCUAUGCAUUUUCUUUCUAGGUGCGCAUUUAACGCUCGCUCGAACGGUGAAAGGAAACAUCGUGAAAUCGGCUUGCCUUAGACCCUAAAAGUCCCAAGCUCUGAAGGCUGAUCACCUACUCGCCUAUUAAAUUGACAAACGAUCUUGAAACAGAAAUCUAUUGCCCUGUAAGAGGUUAUAGCGCCACUAGAUUUUUAAUACUAGUACAUAUUUAUUUUGAUAUUGUUAUAUUUGUAAAUUAACUAUUUAAAUUCUUUCUAACCUAUAAUUUUCACAUGUUCACGAUUCUAGUUAUAGUUAAAAUGUAUUUCAAUGUUAUUGCGUAUUAAGUACGCUCAACGUGUAUUCGGUAAUUGUCAGUUCGUAAUUUUACCUCUAUGUGUAAUGAAUAUACGUAAUAAAUUAAA